AUGUUAUAUGUUAAUGAGAAAUUAGGUAAGGAUAUUGUUACAACUACGGGUACUAAAGAUGACCCUUUUGCAACCAGUCCAUUUGCUUUAUUUUCUACUGGUCAAUUGGAUGCAAAAAUAUUAAUUUAUAAAGAUGAAGAAAAUGAUUAUGUUGAAAUUUCUGCCUCUGGUUUAAAAAAGGCUAAAAAAGGUGUUGAAGGGUUAAAAAAAAAAGCUGAAAAGGCUAAAACUACAAUUGCCAAAGUUGAAUCAAAAUUUGAAGAUUUAAAAAUUACUGAAGAUACUUCUUUACCUGCGGCCAAUAAGAUUAAACUUGAUAAAAUUCAAGAAAAUAUUGAUCAAAGAGUUCAAAUUUGUGGUUGGAUUCAUAGAUUAAGAAUUCAAAAAAGUUUAGGAUUUAUUACUUUAAGAGAUGGUAGUGGUUUUAUUCAAUGUGUCGUUACUGGAGAUUUAGCUAAAGCAAAACAAACUCAAGAAUUAACAUUAGAAUCUACAUUAAUAAUCAAAGGUCAAAUUAAUAAAUUACCAGAAGGUAAAUCUGCUCCAAAUGGUGUUGAAUUAAAAGUUGAUUAUUAUGAAAUUGUCGGUUUAGCUCCAGGUGGUGAAGAUGCUUUUACAAAUAAAGUCCAAGAAGGUGCUGAUCCAUCAUUAUUAUUAGAUAAUCGUCAUUUAACUUUAAGAGGUGAAACUUUAUCUGCUGUUAUGAAAGUUAGAGCUGCAUUUUUAAAAUCAAUUAGAAGAUUUUUUGAUGAAGAAGGUUUAACUGAAGUUACACCUCCAUGUAUGGUUCAAACUCAAGUUGAAGGUGGUUCUACAUUAUUUAAAAUGGAUUAUUAUGGUGAAGAAGCUUAUUUAACACAAUCUUCUCAAUUAUAUUUAGAAACAUGUUUACCAGCUUUAGGUGAUGUUUAUUGUAUUCAAGAAAGUUUUAGAGCUGAAAAAAGUCAUACUAGACGUCAUUUAAGUGAAUAUACUCACAUUGAAUCAGAAUUGGCAUUUUUAACAUUUGAUGAUUUAUUAUCACAUUUAGAAAGAUUGUUAACAAAAACAAUUCAAUAUGUUUUAGCAGAUAAAGUUGCGGGUCCAUUAAUUAAACAAUUAAAUCCAAAUUUCGUUGCUCCAAAAAUGCCUUUUAAAAGAAUGGAAUAUAUCCAUGCUUUAGAUUGGUUAAAUGAACAUGGUAUUUUGAAUGAAGAUGGUGAAAAAUUUAAAUUUGGUGAUGAUAUAGCUGAAGCUGCCGAAAGAAAAAUGACUGAUACAAUUAAUGAACCAAUUUUAUUAAUUAGAUUCCCGGUUGAAAUAAAAUCAUUUUAUAUGAAAAAAUGUGAAGAUGAUGAAAGGGUCACUGAGUCAGUAGAUGUAUUGAUGCCAAACGUUGGGGAAGUCACAGGUGGUUCAAUGAGAUCAUACGAUUUGGAUGAAUUACUCGCUGGUUUUACUAGAGAAGGAUUGGACAAAGACGCUUAUUAUUGGUUUAUUCAACAAAGAGUAUAUGGAUCAUGUCCUCAUGGAGGAUAUGGUCUUGGUACCGAAAGAAUUUUAGCAUGGCUUUGUGAUCGUUUCACAGUUCGAGAUUGUUCAUUAUAUCCAAGAUUUUCAGGUAGAUGUAAACCAUAG